UAUUUAAUUUGCUAUUUUUGUUUCCAAACAAAUUUCAUUUAAUCUACUAUCUAAAUUUCCAAACAGUACCAAAAAGUACUUCAGUUUUAAUAAUAUAGAUGAUUUUAAAUUAGAUUAUGUAUUAGAUAAAAAAUAGUUUGUCAAAUGUGAAUUUCAUUGGCAAAACAAAUUAUAAAUACAUCCUGCAUGAAAUAUUAUACAUGAGGAAUGCGAAGAGAGUUGUUUUUUUUUGUCCACGUUUCCUAUCCAAUUUGAAAUUAUGAUUAUUUAGGAUAAUAUAAUUUGCUUCCUAAAGACAGAAGGUUAUGGAGCAAACCAAUGAUUCAAAGUUCUCAAACUAUCUGUCAUAUCUUUUCACAAUUAUAAUCCAAUAUAUUUGAAAUUAUUAGCCACCGCCUAAUAUAAUAUGAAAUUAAUUUCAACAUUGUUGUGUUACCUCCCCAAAAACACAAAAUUGUAAAGAUAAAAACGUUUUCCGUUUUAAUGCAAUUACUGUAACUCUAUGAGGAACAUUGGACCCAAAAAAAGUCACUAGACUCAAAGUCAAACAAUCCAAUAGGUAACUUGUGAAAGAUUUUAGUAUCCCUUUUCUUUUCAUUUAUUAGGCAGUUUCCAGUUCAAUAUUAAAAUUUUAUUUUAUCGUAAUUUUCAUACAAAAACCUCUCCAAUUUCAAUGAAACACUAUAAUUUACACUAAGUUUAGUGUUAUGGGGUAGAAAUGCCUCAAAUGUAUUAUGUUUUAUUUACAUAAAAUGCUAUUUAAUAUUAUUAAAUAUUUAACAAAGAACCACAACCUUCAAAUAGUUAUAGCUUCACCCAUAAAGUCUUUGAUUUCAGUUACAAAGUCGUAAUAAAAAUAAUAUUUAUUUCCUUUUUAUUCUGUCAAAACAUAUAUUUCCUCUAUAAUGUUUCAAAUUACUAGGAGUUUGACCAAAUAUCUUUGGGUAUUUAUAAUUGACAUUUCUUUUCUUUUUUAGCAACCCCAAAUGUUGGCCUUCUUUUUUUUGUUGUUUGCUCCAAAAACUUAAUUUUGUUCAUAUGAAUUAUGAGCUCCCCACAUUUUCAAAGCCUUUUUUUUUUGUCUCUUUUAAAAUAUUUUCUCUAUAAAGUCUCUAAAAAGUUUCCCAAAAAAGGAAACGAAGAAGUUUGUCAAAGCAAAAAAAAGCUAUCAAAUUGUAUGUGUAUAAAUUGAGAGAAACACCCACUUUGUUCUUCUCUCUCAGACACAUCCAGCUCCAGCAUCACAACAAGCUUGAUUAUUAGUAUUACUAAAAGCUUCCUCCUUUUUCUGAAAAUUCGCCCACAAAAAACGAGAGGCUCUUUGUUCAAGAACACUCUGUACAAAAUCUCAAAUCAGUUCAUUGACUCGACAAAUCAAUCAAAUCUCCCUCGUUUCUCCAAAAACCCAUUUUCUUCUCUCACUUUAUUUAGCCGUAAAGUUGUCACCUUUUCAACUAAAAGCUCUUUGUUUCUCUCUUCUCUCUCUCUCUCUCAAACACAAUGAAAGAGUAUUGGACCUCUCUAGCUUCCCUUCUCGGCGUCCUCGCCUUCUGCCAAAGCCUCAUGAACUCCGUAUUCCCACCGGAGCUCCGUUACGCCUCCCUCAAACUCGUCAACCGAUUCUUCCAACUCUUCUCCUCCUUCUGCUACUUCGACAUAACGGAGAUCGACGGCGUCAACACCAACGAGCUCUACAAUGCCGUCCAGCUCUACCUCAGCUCCUCCUCCGUCUCCUCCUCCACCCGCCUCAGCCUCACGCGCGCCCUCAACUCCUCCUCCAUCACCUUCGGCCUCUCCACCAACGACUCCAUCGUCGACACCUUCAACUCCGCCACCGUCCUCUGGGAGCACGUCGUCACGCAGAGACAGUCCCAGACCUUCGCGUGGCGCCCAAUGCCCGAGGAGAAGCGCGGCUUCACGCUCCGCAUCAAGAAGAGAGACAAGAGCUUGAUCCUCGACUCGUACCUGGAUCACAUCGUGGAUAAGGCCGAGGAGAUUCGCCGGAGGAAUCAAGAUCGGCUCCUUUACACGAACUCGCGCGGCGGCGGCGGCGGCGGGGGGCUGGAUUCGAGAGGUCUCCCUUGGGAGUCUGUUCCCUUUAAGCACCCGAGCACGUUCGAGACUCUCGCUAUGGAUCCGGUUAAGAAGAGAGAGAUCAUGGAGGAUCUCAAGGACUUUACCGAGUGUCGGUCUUUUUAUCAGAGAACCGGUCGGGCUUGGAAGAGAGGUUAUUUGCUACACGGUCCACCAGGAACAGGUAAAUCAAGCAUGAUCGCAGCCAUGGCUAACUACCUCGGUUACGAUAUUUACGAUCUCGAGCUCACGGAGGUGAAAAGCAACUCGGAGCUGAGGAAGCUGUUGAUGAAGACUAGCUCCAAGUCGAUAAUUGUGAUCGAGGAUAUCGAUUGCUCGAUUAAUUUAACGAACCGGGGAAAGAAGUUUAAUGAACCGGAGAUGGCGUUAACCGGGUCCGGUUUAGGAGAUGAGUCAGGGAAUGGGAACACGAUAACGUUGUCGGGGUUGUUGAACUUCACUGAUGGGCUUUGGUCUUGUUGUGGCAGCGAGAGGAUAUUCGUGUUCACGACGAAUCAUAUCGAGAAGCUUGACCCCGCGUUGCUUAGAAGCGGGAGGAUGGAUAUGCACGUGUACAUGAGUUACUGUACGUUUCCUUCGUUGAAGAUCUUGCUGAGGAAUUACUUGGGGUACGAGGAGGGGGAUCUGAGCGACGUCGUUUUGAAGGAGCUUGAGGGGGUGGUGGAGAAGGCGGAGAUCACGCCGGCUGAUGUGAGCGAGGUUUUGAUUAAGAAUCGGAGGGAUAAAGAGAGAGCUGUGGGGGAGCUUUUGGAGGAUUUGAAAAGAAGGGCGGGGAGGAAUGAGAAGAAGGGGAAAUUGAGGGGUCAGAAUGGGAGCGUGACGGUGGCUGAUGAUGACGUGGAAGAGCAGGAGAAGAGGGCUUUGGACAGUCCUUAUGGAGAAGAGGAGGAGGAGAUUGAGGACAGCAUUUGCAAGAUCAGUGAAGAGUAAAAUGUUUUAAUGUUUCAUUGUUCUUAGAUUUUUCUAACAUUCUAUGUUUGUUUUACACAAUGUGAAAGUUGUGUUCUUUCUCCUUUUUGGGUAGUCAACUUUUGGAAGUGAGCUAAAGUGAAAGGAGAAAAAAGCUAGAGAGUUGGUUUAAAAGAGCCAAUGGUGGUGUUGAAGAUUUUGUAUGUGGGGAUUAGAAAAUGCAAAGAGCAUCAUUGGAUAAACCAUUGGCGUAUGAUAUGUAUUGUUAUAAACUUAUCAUUGGUGUUUUGUUAAGUGGUAUGUACUAGUAGUUAUCAUAUUAUUAGGUAUGGGAGUUUGUACCUAAUCUAUUUAUUUUAGUUGAUUAAGAAUCCCAAGAUUAAUUAAUCUAUA